AUGUUGUCUGGUGGACGCCGUUUGGCCUUUCGGGGCUUGCCUCCCGCAGCUGUGCUUUGCCCAGGGCUUCGCGUAUUUCCGACCGCUGGGUUUAGCUCUGGCACUCCGAAGGUGCGAAGAGAGAAAGACACCUUUGGCGACAUCGAUGUGCCAGCAGAGAAGUACUGGGGUGCCCAAACUCAGCGAUCGCUCCAGAACUUCGAAAUCGGCGGAGACCGCGAGAGGAUGCCUCCACAAGUGAUCGAGGCAAUGGCUGCUCUCAAGCAGGCUGCUGCCCAGGUCAACAAAGACUAUGGGCUUCCAAUCGAUGUUGCUGAUGCUAUCAUCCAGGCUGCAGACGAGGUUCGCACGGGCAAGCUGCACGACCAUUUCCCUCUCGUCGUGUGGCAGACGGGAAGUGGUACACAGACAAACAUGAACACCAACGAAGUUAUCAGCAACCGUGCCAUCGAGAUUUUGGGCGGGGAGCUGGGUAGCAAGUCACCGGUGCAUCCCAACGACCAUGUCAACCGCAGUCAAUCGUCCAACGACACCUUUCCAACAGCCAUGCACAUUGCCGCGGUGCUCGCACUGCAGAAGCGCACACUGCCUGGACUGCGCCGCCUGCAUAAAACUUUGGAGCGCCAAGCGAAGGAGUAUGACGACAUCAUCAAGAUUGGACGCACCCACACUCAGGACGCAACACCUCUGACCUUGGGCCAGGAAUUCAGUGGCUAUGCAACGCAAGUGGAGUACAGCAUUGCUCGAGUGGAGUCCGCUUUGCCACGCCUCCGCCAGCUUGCUCUGGGUGGCACUGCUGUGGGCACGGGCCUCAACACCUACAUUGGCUUUGCCGAGCGUGUUGCCGAGGAGGUCGGCCGGAUCACCGGUGAGGAGUUCGUGUCGGCCCCCAACAAGUUCGAGGCCUUGGCUGCUCAUGAUGCCGUGGUAGAGGCAUCUGGGGCUUUGAACACUGUGGCGUGCUCUCUGAUGAAAAUCGCCAACGAUGUGCGACUUUUGGGAUCGGGUCCCAGGUGUGGCUUGGGUGAGCUGCUUCUCCCAGAGAACGAGCCGGGUUCUUCCAUCAUGCCAGGGAAAGUGAACCCCACGCAGUGCGAGGCCUUGACCAUGGUCUGUUCUCAGGUCAUGGGGAAUCAUGUUGCCAUUACGGUCGGCGGCUCAAACGGCCACUUCGAGCUCAACGUCUUCAAGCCCAGCAUCAUCAACGCGUUCCUGCAGUCUGCCAACAUCCUCGGGGACGCCGCUGCCUCCUUCUCCAAAAACUGCAUGGAGGGCCUUGAGCCCAACCGCGAUCGCAUCUCCAAGCUGAUGAACGAGAGCCUGAUGCUUGUGACAGCUCUCAAUCCUUACAUCGGCUACGACAACGCAGCGGCAGCAGCCAAGAAGGCUCACAAGGAGGGCACCUCGCUGAAGGAGGCCGCCAUGGCCCUGCAGUUGCUCAGCUCCGAGGACUUCGACAAAUGGGUCCGCCCUGAUCAGAUGAUAGGGCCAUCCGAGUACAAGAAGUGA